AUGGUCUUCAUCCCACUCACCGCCCUCCUCUCCUCUCUCCUCCUCUCCUCCUUCGCCCACGCCGCCCCACAAGGCCUCGACACCGGCGCCGGUACCCCCGCCACGGACCCUCCCGCCGGCGUCGACAUCUCCGAGAUCCCCCCAGCCCCCGUCGGCUCCACGCCCGUCUCCGCCAUCGAAGACGCCUUCAAGUCCCUCCGCGCCGCCAAGCACGCCGAUACCUUCAGCACUCUCGCUGCCGUCAAGACCACGCGAAACGAGCUCCUUGAGAAGAAGACCUGCGCACCCGUCAUCGUCAUCUUCGCCCGUGGCACGACCGAGCCGGGCAAUGUUGGUGAUGACGUCGGCCCGUACUUCUUUGACGCACUGGCGGCACUGAAGCCUGGAAAGGUCGCGGUGCAGGGCGUGAAUAACUAUCCGGCGGAUGUGUGGGGGUAUCUAGGUGGUGGGUCAGACACGGGGGCGGCCGACAUGGCGGCGUCGGUUGCGAAGGCGGCGACGCAGUGCCCGGGGUCGAAGAUUGUACUUUCGGGAUUCAGUCAAGGAGCACAGGUUGUGCAUAAGGCUGCGAAGCGUAUACCGUCUGCGCUGUAUGCAAAUGUGGGUGCCAUUGUGCUCUUUGGUGACCCAAACAACGGCGAUUCGUUCCCAGGUAGCUUGAACGCAAAUGUGAAGACUUUCUGCCACUUUGGGGACUUGAUCUGUCUUGGGUGGCCCGUACCUCUCCCACCGCAUCUGAAUUAUGAGGAUGAUGCGGGUGCAGCGGCGCAGUUUGUGGUUGGGCGUAUUGCGGUUUAG